CCUGCGGGCGGGCGGGAUGCGGGCGGAUGGGCGGGGUUACGAUGGCCCAAUCGGGAGGCGGGAUAUUGGCGCCGCUCCUUUCUGACCGUCUCCCGCUCUAUGGUCUCAGGAGGCGGAGGGCUCCCAAGAUGGCGGUGGUGUCCGUGUCAGGCGCCGCGUCGGUCCCCAGCCCGGAGCCCCCCGGGCUGGAGCCGGGGCCCGGCCCGGAGCGAGUCCCCGAGGAGGAGCUGCCCUCGCUGGACCCGGCCGAGGUGCGGAGCCGCCUGGAGCGGAGCUCGCACCAGUUCCGCAACCGCCGCAAGGUCCUGAUCCGGGGGCUGCCCGGGGACGUGACCAACCAGGAAGUUCAUGAUCUGCUGAAUGACUAUGAACUGAAGUACUGCUUUGUGGACAAAUACAAAGGGACUGCGUUUGUCACCUUGCUGAAUGGGGAACAGGCCGAGUCGGCCAUCAAGAAAUUCCACCUGAGCAAGCUCCGGGACAAGGAGAUCUCUGUGCAGCUGCAGCCCACGGAUGCCCUCUUGUGCAUUGCCAACCUCCCCCAGCUCUAUACGCAACAGCAGUUUGAGGAGCUGGUUCGACCUUUUGGAAACCUGGAGCGCUGCUUCUUGGUGUAUAGUGAGAAGACGGGCCACUCUAAAGGCUACGGUUUCGUCGAGUACAUGAAAAAGGACUCGGCAGCCAGGGCAAAGUCCGAGCUGCUGGGCAAGCAGCUGGGGACGCGGACUCUGUAUGUUCACUGGACCGACGUCAACCAGCUGACCGUAGACCUGGUUCAUUCCAGGUGCUUGAGUGUGGGCAAAUUACCCCCAAACUAUCAUGACCUGGAGGAGCUGAGGCAGGUCUUCUCAGCAAUUUCUGCCCCGACCUUCUGCCAGCUGGCGUAUGGUCAGGAUGGCCAGCUGAAAGGCUUUGCAGUCCUGGAGUAUGAGUCAGCAGAGAUAGCAGAACUGGUCCAGCAGGCCACAGAUGGCCUGCCACUCGCUGGGAGCCACAUCCGCGUCUCCUUCUGUGCCCCGGGCCCUCCUGGGCGCAGCAUGCUGGCUGCGCUUACAGCUGCACAGGUGACGGCACUUAAUCGUGGGAAAGGGCUCCUUCCAGAGCCAAAUAUCCUCCAGAUUCUGAACAGCCUGGGGAACCCCGCCUCGAUCCAGCUCUUACUCAACCCCCUACUUCACGGAGCCGUUGGUGGAAAACAGGGAAUCCUGGGCGCUCCGCCGUCCAUGCCGCUCAUGACCAAUCCAGCCCUCUCCACAGCGCUGCUUCAGCUAGCUCUGCAGAACCAAACUCAAGCACAGCAGAAGGCAUUGCUUGGGAACUCCCUGUUACUGCAGAACCAAGUCUGGACGCAGCUGCUGCAGAACAAGGAGAACCAAGCCAUAUUCCAUAAACCCGGGAUCUUGGGGGACUCUCCUCUCAGUUCUCUACAGCACGGCACCUUGGGGUUGGCGACUGCCCCGGCUCAGCCCGGAAGCUCGCUGCUGGGAGAACUCGCCUCAGGGGGGCCUCUGCCUGCUGACAUGACGCAGGGGCAUGUGAAGUCACCAAUCUUGCCUUCGGGGGGCAUGCCCCUGGCAUCCUUUCUGGGACCAGUGGGGACAGAUAGAGAGAACUCGGCAAUGGGGACGCAGGUGUCCCAGCUGACCCCAUCUCCUGGGACUCCAUCAACCCUGCCGGGCCUCACGACCUCCAUCCUGGGAUCGGUGAUCAGUGGACUUCAGAAACCAAAGCAGGUGGAGAAUGGGGCCUCGCUGCUGGGAGAACCGCCCAAAGACUUCAAGAUUCCUCUCAACCCUUAUUUAAACCUGCACAGCCUUCUUCCUGCAAAUCACCUGGGAGGUGGGGCCAAUAAAGCAUUUAAUCUGAAGACUGGAGUGCUCGGCAAUGUUUCCAAUCCCAGAAUCCCACAGCCUGCCAUGGCUGACCCGCCACUGCCCUCUUCUGGGCUGGCAGGAGAUAACUAUGCUUUUGACUAUCAGCCGGACUUGGGAUCCCGAAUGUAUGCCCAGUCGAGGGACCAUGCUGGGCCCAUCCUGGGCGGAUUUGGACACAGCAGGCAUAAGAUGUCUUCAUCUCCUGGAUUUGAGCGGAGCAGCUUGGGGCCACCCCUGCCGCCCUUCUACUCAGGAUCCCCAACCUCCUACUUCACCAGUGGCCUUCAAGCUGGGCUUAAACAAAGCCACUUGAACAAAGCAGUUGGGAUGCCACCUGUGGGCACUGGGGACAAUAUCCUGGGCGUGGGACCAAACAGCCAUUCCCACGGCUCCCACUCCAAGACUCCGAUCGGGGGCCAGAAACGGGCCUUCUCCCACCUGCUGCCAUCCCCGGAGCCCAGCCCGGAGGGCGGCUACGUCGGACAGCAUUCUCAGGGCCUGGGAGGGCACUAUGCAGACUCCUACCUGAAGCGGAAGAGGAUAUUUUAACCCCUUCCCUGCUGAAGCACUAUUGUCCCCUCCACGUGUAAAUCUGUACAAACUUUUUUUAACGUUAGUCUUGAUUUUGAGGUUUUUACAUGUGUGUGAAAGACUUGGCUUCUCUGAGUGGGGUGGGAAGCCCCACGGGCUUCCUGCCGGAGGAUGGGCCCUUCCAGUUACCCCCUGCUCCAGAACCAGCACCUCUCUGCAUCACGGGCAGCCAGAGCAGAGGCAAGUGCUCGGAAAACAUACUGUACGGGGUAAGGACAAAGCUCACCCCUGUGGCCCCUGUCACUGCUGCUCUCGGGGCCUCCCUGUGUUUCGUGGCCCACAAGGCAGAACCUGUUGGAGUCAUGCUGUAGUCUGAUUGCAGUAACUGGGAAUCUACACACAGUCCUGAGUGAGGACAGUAAGUCCUAGGGAGAUGCAUGUUCCCUGCCUUAAACUGCUGCUUCAGAGACAGGAAUGGAACCGACUCCAGCAGGUGCCUUCUGCUCACCGUAACGUGAGCAUGGAAGUUCUGGUAGCGCAGAGGUGGCGAUCUAGGGGGUGGCGAUUCGGAUACACGUACAGAGUUCUAGUUACGCCGUGGGACUCCGGAUCUGCCUGGUUCCUGGUCCCACCCUGCGCAAAGCCUUCGGAGCUGCAUCUGGGAUGCAGCGCUCCCUGGAGGCUCACGCUGAGCUUGAGGUCUCAGGCCCUGCCUGCCUCUCCAAAUUCCUGUUCUGUUUUGUUUUUGUUUUUUAAACCCUUCAGAUGCUGACAUUUUACACUUUUCUUUGGUAAUGAGAUUUGUAAGUUGCCUUUUUAAUUCAUGCUUUGGUUUUUAUUUCCUUUUUUAACUAGCUAGGAGCAGGAAUCUUGGUCCAUUGUAAAGUUGCUGAGCCUGGUCAUUCCUUUUUUUUAGUUUCUCCCUCCUGGGCAUGAACUUUUGUUCUAGAAGUUUCUUUUGGGGUGCGGGGAGUCAAACGUUUUCCUUGAUUUCUGUUUUGCUGAGCCUUUCAAUAGGAGCCAGCUGCAGCGUGGCAAACAGAUCUGCUUUCCCUGCAGCCAGGCAGCCUCCGGACGCUGCUUCCCAGGAAGCCGAUCUGCCUUUCCCCUCCUGUUGACCAAGCUUGGAGGGUGAUUGUGGUUUCGCAAUGUCCAACACAAGGCCGCCCUUGUGUUCUGUGUGGAACUAGACGCUCAGCCCUUUGCACCCUUUCUCCAGCUCCAUUUGUAAUAUCACAUUAAAUGCAGCUGAGCCGAUGUAGUAGGAUGCUGGCAGCUUUGGGUAUCAAGCCCUUAACAGUGUGUGCUGCUGAGAACGGGACUGUUUAAUGCCUUGGGACCGAGCCACUAGCCAGCUGAGAUAGUCGCGCAGGACGUAGAGUUGCAAAGCAAGCCGGUGUCCAGUGAUUGAGAACGGUGCCCUGGUGGCCUCUGUUGAGGGGAGAGUGAGAAGCUGCUUUCUCUGGGGAGGAUUUGCAGGUCUUUUUAUGUAGACUCCCCACACUCUUUUGAUUUGAGGUUUAUAAAAUUGCUACCAUGUUUCUACUAUAGAUGCUGUCUGGCUUGCUGUAUUUGUGGGGCUUCCAAGUCCUCGAGAGCUGGACAUUGCCUUUCCAAAGUAAAGAGAGAUUUAUAUCGA